GAACAGAGAAAAACAAAUGGCAGGUGGAUCGACUUCAAAGUUCAAGAGUUGGUGAGCAAAGCAACUUGAUUGACUUGACCCUAGUCAGAACACUUUGACUCUUCCUUCCCGCAUGGAAAGCUCGGGUGGUACUCGCUUUCCGGUUUCCCACAAGCAGGCCUCAUUGGAAAUCAAGGGAAUCAAAACGGAUAUAGUCGUUUGUCGCCACGACGAUCAUUUUCUUGUUAUUGCAACUCAAAUUGGAGCAAUGGGGACUAUGCUGCAAGCGAGGAAGGAGGAGGGGAUGGCAAUUCAUUCAACCUUCUCAGUGUCUACCGUUUUUGGCAAAAGAGAUGAGCCAAUGCUGGUCGCAUGUGCACGUCAGUUGAUCGAACAGAUCAGUUUAUCAGGUUCAUACAAGCCAUUAUUAAUCUCUCUUGGCCUAAAAGACCAUUCUGUGGAGACAAUGAGAGGCAUUGUCACUGCCGUGUCUGAGAAUAAACUUUGGUAAUAUUUGACUUUUGCUGCUUAAACCCUCGUUUUGUUCACAUUCAGUAAGAUACAUAUUUAUAUUCCUACUUCUGUGACCUUUUUUUGGUGGGGUUUUGACGAUUUUAUUGGCAAAUGACCUAAGAUAGUAGACGAGAAUGAGAUUUCAAUUGUGUGAAUUAGCUCUAUUUUUUUUAGUUAACGAUGUAUCAGUGAAGAUUCAAACAUCUAACUUUAAGAAUAGAUGUAAUAUCUUAUCCUGUUUGUUGGAGAAUGAAACGUGGUUCACG